AUGUCGGCAGUACGAGCUCAGGAAGACCAAGCCAGUGGAGAUAAAGAAGCAACACUCUGGUCUGGAGAUGAUUGUCCAGAAACAAAGACCAAUUGCUAUGCGACCACGACCAAACAAGAUGCAGCUCGGCAAGCUGACAUAGAGUUUCGCCAGAAGUUUGGAGAUGCCGGUCCCUUAGGUCUCUCUGGCUUCGCCUUUGCGACAUUUUUGACCGCCUUGGUCAAUCUCAAUGUUCACGGCGUCACUAUUCCGAAUAUUGUCAUUGGACCAGCUCUGGUUUAUGGAGGUCUUGCUCAACUACUUUCUGGCAUGUGGGAUAUUGCGAAUGGCAACACCGUCAGUGCAACUAUUGCCUGCUCAUAUGGCUGCUUCUGGAUCUCCUACGCUAUCAGUAUGAUCCCUUUCUUCAACGUCAGGGACGCUUACCCCAGCGAUGCGGACUACAACCAUGCCAACGGGCUCUUUCUGACGGGAUUCUUUAUCUUCUCAGUGGCUAUAACUCUGUGCACUAUGAAGUCAAACGCCUUUUCUCUGACGCUUUGCGUUCUCGUGAACUGCACCUGGCUCUUGCUUGGACUAGCCAAUCUCUGUACUGAAGAGUCGGGAGCUCCCAAUAAAGUGCUGCUCAAAUGUGGCGGGGCUACUGGCUUGUUGGUUUCAUUUACCGCUUGGUACCUCAUGUAUGAGGGCCUGGCAAACAGACAGAACAGAAUCAUGGCACCCACUCACGCAUCUGCCCUGGUAAUGGGUGGCGCAGGAUUCAGUUACCAACUCACCCCAAAGCCUGAGUCCCUUCCUAUCGUCGACAUCCUCCUCCGCGCCUUCGAACUUGGGGUGCGCACUAUCGACACUUCGCCAUACUACGAGCCCUCAGAGCAGCUUAUGGGAGCCGCCCUCUCUGACUCGCGCAUCACUUCCAAAUACAAGCGCAGCGACUAUGAACUCAUGACUAAAGUCGGUCGUAUCAUGGAGCACGAGUUCAACUACUCACCAGAGUGGAUCCGAAUAUCUGUUGCACGAUCGAUGGAGCGCUUCCAGACUACCUAUCUGGAUGUUGUCUUCUGCCAUGAUGUCGAGUACGUUCCUGUAGAGGAGGCGGUCACUGCUGUUGGUGUGCUGCUAGAGUUCCAGCGCGAGGGUUCUGUUUUGCGAGUUGGUAUCUCGGGCUACGACAUCGACGUCCUAGCAAAAAUUGCCACGCUCGCAAAAGAGCGUUACGGACGACCUGUGGAUGUUAUACAGACUUGGGCUCAACUCACUCUUCAAAACACACAAGCCGAAACUAGAGGUUUUGCUCAAUUCCGCGCCGCCGAUGUGAAGUCAGUCUUUUGCUCAAGUCCUUUGGCAGUUGGACUUCUCAGAACUGGCGGAAUUCCCGUGGGCUUGACAGGCGAUUGGCACCCUGCGCCUCAAGGCUUGAGAGCUGCUGCGGCUGAAGCAGCGAAGUGGGUGGAUGAGAACGGAAACGGGGAGAGCCUUGCAUUCCUGGCGAUGCAAUAUGCUAUUUUGAAGGCCAAGCAGAAUUGCGAUGCUUCGUUUGAGGUGUCUACGAUUACAGGAAUCAGCACUAUGUCUGACUUGGAGCAGAAUGUUGCAGCUGCAAAGGCCAUUCUUAAGACAGCGAAAGAAUCCGAGAGUUUGCAAGACUAUACCGAGCUGGAUUCGCAAGCGGUGGAGAGUCGAUCUGGACUGUAUGAGCGUGUUCGAUCAAUGCUUGGAACGUGGGUAGACUACGAUUUUACAGCGAAGAACGCGAAGGAAUAA